AUGGCUGAACGCAAGGUUCUCUCGAAAUACUAUCCACCCGAUUUCGAUCCCAAUGCCAUCACCCGCAAGAAGCCCUCGGGCGAUCGCCGCGCAAAGCCCCAACCAGUCCGCCUGAUGACCCCAUUCUCCAUGAAAUGCGCCCACUGCGGUGAAUUCAUUCCCAAGGGUCGCAAGUUCAAUGCCUCGAAGGAGAUCACCGAUGAGCAUUACAUGAAGGUCAAGAUCAUCAGGUUCCACAUCCACUGCUCGCGUUGCCGCGGCGAAAUCACCUUCAAGACCGACCCCAAGAACAAGGACUACGAGUGUGAACGCGGCGCUAAGCGCAAUUUCGAAGUCUGGCGUGACCCAGCAAACGAGCGCUACCAUGAGACCGAGGAGCAGACCCUCGACCGACUUGAGCAAGAGCAGCUCGAGCUCGAAGAGAAGGUCGAAAAGGACAAGAUGGCAGAUUUGGAGGAGAAAAUGCUCGACUCAAAGCGGGAAAUGCAGAUCGCUGACGCUCUUGACGAGAUUCGCACCCGCAACGCCAGGAUAGAGCGCAACGAGGCACGUGGAGAGGAUGCUGCUUUAGCCACCGUCGCCCAAAAGAAGCUUGACGAGGCUGCUGCUGCGGAGGCUGCCAAGCAGGCCUGGAUUGAGGAGGGCGUCGAGGAGGCUCGGCGGAACUUCAAUGACAUCCAGCGCCGUCACCGCGAGGAGGAGCUAGACAAGGCCCUGAAACAGGCCGAAGAGGAGGAGAAGGCGGCGAAGGCUGAGCAGCUCAAGGCUUGGGAUAAGAAGAGCGUUCUUGCCGACCUCGCCGCUCGCCGUGCCAAGCGGGGAGAAGACCGCGCCAAGCUUCUUGGAUUGAAGAAGCGCUAG